AGCCUCGUCGCCUGGCCCCGCCGCAGGAGAUGGAGCGCUUCUCGGGCCGCCGGGCGCUGGUGACCGGGGCGGGCAAAGGGAUUGGCCGGGCUGUGGCGGUGGCCCUGAACCGUGCUGGGGCUCAGGUGGUCGCACUGAGCCGGACCCAGGCGGAUCUCGACAACCUGCAAAAGGAGUGCCCUGGCAUCCAGAUACUAUGCGUAGACCUAGCAGAUUGGGAAGCUACAGAGGCAGCAUUGAGCCAAGUGGGAGAUACUGACCUGCUGGUGAAUAAUGCAGCUGUAGCAUUGCUGCAGCCAUUCCUAGAGGUGACCAAGGAAGCCUUUGACAGGUCUUUUAGUGUCAACGUUCGGGCAGUGCUGCAUGUUUCUAAGAUUGUUGCUCAGAAGAUGAUCGCCAGGGGCGUGCCAGGUGCCAUUGUGAAUGUCUCCAGUCAGGCAUCUCAGCGGGCUCUGACUGAUCACACCGUUUACUGUUCCACCAAGAGCGCCUUGGACAUGCUGACAAAAUCAAUGGCUCUGGAACUGGGGCCCCAUCAGAUUCGGGUAAACAGCGUCAACCCCACUGUAGUCAUGACUGACAUGGGGCGCCUGAACUGGACCGAUCCCCAAAAAGCUGGCGCGAUGAUGAGCCGCAUCCCCAUGCGGAAAUUUGCAGAGGUGGAUGAUGUGGUGAACGGCAUCCUCUUCUUGCUGAGUGACCAAAGCAACAUGACAACCGGUGCCAUGCUGCCCAUCGAUGGGGGAUUCCUUGCCUGCUGAAGCUACAGUGGUGGCUUAUACCCCCAUUUCCCAGUGCCCCGUGCAGUCUAGUCCGAAUGGUCAUCCAAAAGUGCCGCAGAGCCAUGGAAUGAAAUCCCGUGGGAGGCGAAGCUCCGCUUCUGGGAUCUGUGAGAAGAGUGAAGCAGAGGUGUCCGUCCUGCUGCUGCUGCCCCUAAGCAAACCAGGCCUGCUUACUUAUGGAGAAAUGUUUAUUGUAUAAAAUAAGAGGUGUUCAGCUCAUCACUCUACACGAUGAUUAAAAACUGGACCCGUCUCCAUCCCAACCCCUCCGAAGCUCUCUCUGCUCCAGCCCCCAGUCCAUCACUCGUGACAAAAGGAAGGGGUUGGCCAUCACCCUCCCACUGGCACCCUUCCCCCCACUUUUCUUCUUUUAAUCUUACAGAAAGAUUCCUGUCAUGUGGCUCUGUUCUGCCCGGGCUGGACAAGGUAAAGAGACCGUCCUUCUCUUCCCCACCUUUGGGAGAGUUGAUGGUCAGUCAGCCAGCUCAGGAGCAGCGCACAAGCUGAAUCCCUGCAAGGCGAAGACAGCUUCGGGUGGUACAGAGCUGCACAAUCAUGGAGUUUAGCUAGUGUCUCGCACAAUAAAGCACUAGUGGCUAGUUCUUCAA